UCUUUAACUGGACCGUGGCAGAUGGGUGGUGUGUAAAGGGGAAAAGCAAUAAAAGUGUGGUACGAAAGUGAAAACAACUAACGAGCCGCCAGCAAUCAGAUUCGAUAUAUUAAUAACCAACAACAGCAACGACAGCUGGGAAGCUCCAACUGGCAGGAGUCACACCUGCAAUCCAAUCAGAAAUGCAUAUAAUUCGAUUUAGCGGCGACCUCUCGCGUGCCGGAAUAGGAACAGACUGCCGUAUAAAAGGCAGGCGCCACCAAGGACAGCGCCCACAUUGGCAACAUGUUGUUGUGGAGUACGUGUGUGCUCUGGCUGCUAGCUGCCAGCCCAGAAGUCGCAUCUGAGGAUUCCCGCCGGCAGUGUGUCAGCUCUCGUCUGAUCGAACGACAUCGCUUGAAUCCCCAGCUCUAUGCUAGCUGUGAUAUGACGCGUUUUAGGCGUCGUGUGGAUGCGACAUUUCGUGGUAACCCGAAGCCGCGCGCCGAGCUAUUGGCCAACAAAUUUCUACCGUCCUAUAGCUUGGAGCAGACCAAUUCGUUAGUGGAGCUCGUCACCAAAAUAGCCAAAGAGUAUUUGGCCAAAUGCCCGCCGAUCAUCUACUACGACAGCACGGUGACCACGGCGAAUGAGCAUCUCUUGGAUAAACUGUUUAAGACCAUGCCAAUGACGUUUUAUCAUGGCAGCAUCAACGACAACUUCGAGCCGGGGAAUCCCAACUUCAAAAAUCACAUAGAUACCAACUGCAAGAGCUAUAUUCUGUUCCUAUCCGAGCCAGUGAUGGCACGCAAGAUUUUGGGCCCCCAGACGGACAGUCGAGUGGUCGUUGUCUCCAGCUCGUCACAGUGGAAGCUGCGUGACUUCUUGAGUUCGGAGUCGUCAUCGAAUAUCGUCAAUCUCUUGGUCAUUGGAGAAUCCUUGAUGUCAAGUCAUGAGCGCGUGAGUAUGCUCAUGCUUACGAGGUAG